AAACAGAUUUCGUCUUGACAUCACUUCUUCAUCUUCUCACGAAAUGGCAGGAUUCUUCUACCUCAUUUCCUUAGUGUUGGGUAUCCUGAGCAUCGCAGUAGCCCAAAACCCAGGGGUCAACAAUCCCCUACCUCUCCCCUCCCCGCCUCUCCCUACCCCGCCUCAACGUUCUCCACUUGGAGCUCUUGGUCCUCUCCCUGGAGGCCCUCAGAGUCCUCCUAUCCCAUAUCUACCUCCCGGUCCUUCUCCUGGGGGUGCUAACACCGUCUCCGGCCUUGGACAACCAGUUUUCCCCGGAGGUGCUAACACCGUCUCCGGUCUUGGACGGCCAGUUUUCCCUAAACCCACGACGACAACACCAAAGCCAACCACCUCGAAGGCAUGCUCAUCCUGGUGCAGAAGGAAUAACAACGGACGCAUUGAAUAUUUUUGUUGCAAUAAUCCUCCCAGGCAGAAGCCAGGCGUGUGCCCCCCAGUGAGGACUGUGUGUCCAGUGUACGACGCAGUUGCUGCACCUAACCCCUGUGUCAACGACUACCAGUGCAAUAGGAAGUUGAAAUGCUGCUUCGACAAAUGCCUUGGGCAUAAAACUUGCAAGCCUGCCAUCACAAUUUAGUUUCUUCAAACUCGAUGGUAUGGUAUGUCUGUUGUAGCAUGACUUGUUUGUACAGAUGCUACGUCAUACCUCCGUCAUUACCGUAAUUCUAAUAGGUGCCAGGUAUUCGUUAAACUUUGUAGAAUAUUUUUCCAAGGUUCACGACGAUAUCGAUCGACUGUCGUAUUCGUUAAAUACAGUGGCAAACACCAACCACUCAAGCAGCAUUACAGCGUGUUAGGAAUAAUUUUUGUCAGUGAACUAGGUAGCUUAUAUGGUUUGGCUUUUAGUGUCUCCUGUAUCUAUUGUGCUAUUAAAAAAUAUACUUAAACACUGAAAUUUGUUUCCAUUUUAGGCUAUACGUAGCAUAAUCCUGGCCAUGUUUCAUACGUGAAGCGUUUUGCGUAGUCUCAAAACGCUGUCGCUCAAUCAAGUAUUGGAUUUUUUGAAGGUUUGAUCUGUGUAAUUCUGGAAUAAAUU